AUGGACGACUUCAAGACCAUGUUCCCCAACAUGGAUUACGAUAUCAUCGAGUGCGUGCUGCGCGCCAACAGCGGCGCCGUGGACGCCACCAUCGACCAGCUGCUGCAGAUGAACCUGGAGGCGGGUGGCGGCAGCGUCUACGAGGACAGCUCGGACUCGGAGGACAGCAUCCCCCCCGAGAAAUCAUGCGGUUGUUCAGCAAGCACCGAGCACCCACUCAGUGGUCUGCCAGGCAUGGUACUAGACCCCAGGUCAGAGGUCAUCAGAAUCAAGGAGCUUCUUUUUUNGGCCGCGUCGCAGGAGCUCAACAACAGCCGGCCCGCCCGCCAGGUGCGCCGCCUCGAGUUCAACCAGGCCAUGGACGACUUCAAGACCAUGUUCCCCAACAUGGAUUACGAUAUCAUCGAGUGCGUGCUGCGCGCCAACAGCGGCGCCGUGGACGCCACCAUCGACCAGCUGCUGCAGAUGAACCUGGAGGCGGGUGGCGGCAGCGUCUACGAGGACAGCUCGGACUCGGAGGACAGCAUCCCCCCCGAGAUCUUGGAAAGGACUUUGGAACCUGAUAGCUCGGAUGAAGAGCCCCCGCCUGUGUACUCCCCGCCAGCCUACCACAUGCACAUGUUCGACAGGCCUUACCCUCUGGCUCCCCCCACUCCACCACCCCGCAUUGAUGUGCUGUGCCCCGCACCCCCUUCCAGCCAGAGGUGCUAUCGGAACUGGAACCCGCCACUGCUGGGCAACCUCCCCGAUGACUUUCUCCGCAUCCUGCCCCAGCAGCUGGACAGUGUACAGGGCAACCCCGGGAGCUCCAAGCCCAUGAGCAGAGAGGGAGGCCUGCUCCCCGUGGCAGGGCCUGGGACCCGGGACCAGGACAGCCUUUGGAAGCAGUACCUGGAGGACGAGAGGAUCGCACUUUUCCUGCAGAAUGAGGAGUUCAUGAAGGAGCUGCAACGCAACAGAGACUUCCUCCUGGCCCUGGAGAGAGAUCGAUUGAAAUACGAGUCCCAGAAAUCCAAGUCCAGCAGCGUGGCUGUGGGAAACGACUUCGGCUUUCCCUCUCCUGCCACAGGAACCAGUGACGCCAACCCUGCUGUGUCUGAAGAUGCCUUAUUCAGGGACAAGUUGAAACACAUGGGCAAAUCCACUCGGAGGAAGCUGUUUGAACUGGCCAGGGCCUUCUCGGAGAAGACCAAGAUGAGGAAGUCAAAGAGGAAACACUUGUUGAAGCAUCAGUCGCUGGGGGCCGCGGCGUCAACAGCCAAUCUCCUGGACGAUGUGGAAGGCCACGCCUGUGAUGAAGAGUUCCGGGGAAGGCGACAGGAGGUGCCCAAGGUGGAGGAAGCCCUAAGGGAAGGACAGUAAGAGGUGACAGCAGUUCCUCCUCGCUGGAGAUGAUCUGACCUGGUGGAGGUAGCGGAGAGCAAUACCGGCCCCAGUUGAAGAGCCUAGCUGCAGCCGGACAGGACAGACGGACAGAUGGUGCUUGAGUACUGAGGCCCAGUGAUUCUCUGGCCACAGUCCAGCCCAGCCACUGCCACUUUCAAUGGGACUUAGAACUUCGGAGUUGCAUGCUGUGAUUGGAGGAAGGAUCUGGAAAGGGAGGGGGGAGGGCACGAUGGCCAACCAGGGCCCCUUUUUGUAGCCAGGCUGUUCUAUGGGCAAUGAAUGGAAAUGCAGGAUCUAACCCCCUUCUUAAAAAAAUAAUCCAGAAAUA